AUGGGGUCUCACUCGUCUGACGAUAAUAUCUACCUCCUAGGCCGAGAUGAGGCCGAGACCGAACGGCUUAAUAAACAACAUCGCUUUUUGGUGGCAAUCUCCGGUGAUACAUUGAUUCAUCCUUCGAUACCCAAAGAUACGAUUUCGGCGGUCGCGGAUAUCGGCACUGGCACGGGAGUCUGGCUCGAGGACUUUGCUACAAAACACCCGGAUCCAUCCUCUCUCGAUCUUCACGGCUUCGACAUCUCCCCCGCCCAGUUUCCCACCGCACAUGAAAUCAUACUCGCAGGAAAGACACGAAUCCCACUCUCCGUUCAUGAUACCCUGCUACCAUACCCGCCUGAGCACCUCGGGCGCUAUGAUCUCGUACACAUCCGGCUCCUGACAGCCGGGCUGAAACAAGGCGACUACACCGUUCUAUUAAAGAACGCACGAAGUUUACUGAAACCAAACGGCUACAUCCAAUGGGAAGAAGUCGACACAACAUCAUUCUGCACCAACAAAACCCCCGAACUUCCCGCAAUAACCACAAUGCGCAACACAGUCAUCGACGCCAUGCUAAAACUCGGUCUAUGGCCCUUCGCCCCACAAACUGUCUACGACGAGAUCUGCGCCGGCGGGUUUCAACAUAUUCACCGGGAAACGUAUACCACGGAGGGGAAGGAGCAUGUACAUGGUAUUGUGACGAAAUGGGUUGCUGGUGUGAUGCGUGCGUUGGUCCCGCCGUCGAUGGUUGCGCUGGGAAAGGCGGAGAAUGAGGAGGAGGCGAGAAGGAAGGUGGAUGUGCUUGUUGGGGAGUUCGAGGAGCAUUGUAAAGAUGCGCUGGCGUUGGUUUCGUUGGGGGUUACGGUUGGGCAGAGGAUUGAUUGA